UUGGAGUGUGUGUGUGGGUAGAAAUACAUCUUAUCCUCACUUCAGGACAUUGUUAUACAAUAGCCUACACACAUGCGUGGUCUUUGUUAUUUUUUCCUCUCCGUCCUGACCCAAAUACACGCCAGCAGCGACAAAGUCAUUGGCCUCAUUGGGCACAAUGUCACUUUGCCCUGUAGGUAUGACACAAAAACUAAUGGUCUCCUGGCUUUCUGUUGGGGACGAGGGGAGGUGCCCAGGUCCAAAUGCUCCGAAACCAUCCUCUCCUCUCCGGGUGGGGCUGUGCUAUCCCUCGGAGAACCCAGCAACCUGAGGUAUCAGCUGCUGGGCAGCAUGAUGGAUGGAGAGGUGUCCCUAACCAUCCUGAAUGCUCAGCAAAGUGAUGCUGGUGUGUAUGGCUGCAGGGUCGAGAUCCCAGGGUGGUUCAAUGACAUUAAAGUCAACAUAGACCUGGUCAUGGAGGAAGCUCCUGUGGAACAACCUGUUACCCAGGACUAUGUACUUUUUACUAGUGGGAGACAAGAAGUGUUGACAGUAUCUGAAGUAGUUGGCUCAACAUUGGACAGCAUUAUGCCAGCUGAGAAAAAAUUCAAAGCCUUCUUGGCAGUGGAGAACAUCAGCAGAAUUGCAGCUAUUUUCUUCUUCACCAUAAUCAUAAUCCCCGUCUUUAUUUUCCGGAGAUGGUUACUGCAGAAGGUGACACCUGAACAUAUCAACACCUCGGCUGCUGAGAACAUUUAUGAAACUGUCUAAAGCCUGAGUAAUGGUCAGCAUUACGAGAAAAAAAGGAGUCUGCAGAUUUCUGCAAGAAACUGCUGGCUGAAGAAGCGUCUGCAUGCAAUGUGCUGACUCUAUGUUUUGCUUUUGCUUUAGAGGGAAACCUUUUGAACUCUGUUAAUUAGUAAGAGAAAUAAAAUUACACGUUCCUCUUGUAAAGCAGCUUACAAGGUCACACUUUUCUUAAAUUGCACUGAAAGGGAAAAUGUGUGAAAAGAUGCAAAAAUAUCCUGUAGAUUAACUGUGACUUCCUUUUUUUCUGUCUCAUUGCAAAAUUUAUUACAAUUUAGAAAAAAGCUUCUAGAUGGUUUAUACUUGUGGACACAAUGCCACCUACUGGACUUAAUACGUUAUUAUCAAAGUGUUAGUGAAGAAGAAUCAACCCUGAAUUGAUUAAUUCAGUGAUUAAGGGUGUUCUUCCAUGAUUAUUAAAAACAUUAAAAAGCUAACAUGAGUGGGAGAUGGGAUACAGAGGGUAUGAGAAUGUGGGAGAAAUGUCUAUUAUUACUCUGUGUGUUUUGAAGAAAGAUGGAUGUAAUAACUGGAUUAUAUUAUAAAACUGCCCAAUAAAAAGUUAAAAAACA